UUGUAUAUACCAAGUUCAGUGCAAGGGAGGAAAUCGGGGGGAUAGGGGGAUAUGGGGAUAGGGGGAUAGGGGGGGGGGCGAUUCGUGAAUGCAUAUAUGCGUCGAUGUUUCGUUUUUCUUCAUGGUUUCUUCAUUUCAUCUUUUUUUUUUUUGGGAGCCUGUUGGGGAGUGGGAGACAAAUGGAUCGAUCAUUCAUCUCCAGUCCAUCUCCAGUCCAUUGGUGUGCUGCAGCGGAGCCGCGACCUCAUCGAAUGGAGCGGCCACGAGGGUGGACGAUACCAACUACGCGCUGUAGCCAGCGGAAGAGCCGGGCGAGGAAGGAGUGGGAUGGAGAGGGGUGGGGUGGAGAGGGGUGGGGUAGACCCGCCAUGGGUGUGGGAGAGACGCGGGAUGUGAUCAAGCUGCCAAUGCGACUUGGUCGGCAACCGAGUCGGGGCCGUGGAUGCCGUGCCUCAGACCACAGAGGCGGCGCUG